AUGCAUGCACCUGCUCCAGUGCAAGAAGAUAACCAUAGACUCCCAGUCAAAGAACAAAAGCCUUGUGGCCCUUAUGCCAAGACCCUCAAAGCCCUUGCUUCUCGUAAUUCUUUGAUAACUCCAACAAUCACGGCCGCCUCAUUGCAAGCGCCCCUCCCUUCAAUCCCCACUCGGUGUUCACCACCAGCACCUCAGCUAUCAUCAUCCGGACCUCGACCUAUACCAACUCAAGCAGCUCAACAACCGCCUCGCAAAACGGCCGAGGGGCCAGACUUCAAAGUCCGCUGA